CGCUCGGGCACAGCAGGUGCAGGGGCCAUGGAGGGGCUGAGCCAGCGCUGCCCGCUGCCCCCCGCUGCCCAGGGCUGCCCCCGGCCCGGCCGCGGCACCGCGCUGCUGGUGCUGACGCUGCUGGUGCUCCUGUACCCGCUGCUCCGGGGCCUGGCUCUGCAGCUGCACGGGGCUCUCAGCGGCUCCUACGUGCCAGGGACACACUCCAUGGCCUUCAUCAGCUGUCCCAACGAGCACGUCGCCAGGGACAUCGCCAGGGCCAUCAUGGACAAGAGACUGGCUGCCUACGUGAACAUCCUGCCCAAGAGCUCAGCCUUGUAUUUCUGGAAAGGGGAACUGGAAGAAUCCACUGAAAUACUGCUGCUGGUGAAAACAAGGACGUCCAAAAUAGGGGAAUUGUCCAACUACGUCAGAUCCAUCCAUCCCUUUGAAAUCCCCGAGGUCAUCAGCCUGCCCAUUGAGCGAGGAAACCCUGCCUACCUCAGAUGGAUCGAGGAGAGCGUCCCGCGGGACUGACGGGCGCAAGGCGCUGCUCAUUUCUGGGGAGCUGGGGAGGGGCUGCCAGCACCGAAAGCUGUGCAGGAAUACCCGGAGAUGUCCCUGUCAGGAUGCUCGGGGUGCCUCGGGCUGUCAGCAGCGAAUUCCAGCCGGGAGCCGUGGCCGGGCAGCCCCUGCGGUGCCGGGUGUCCCCACAGCUCUGCGGAGCCCUGCCUGGCCCCAGGCGCUGCCAGCAUCCUGCCCCGGCCGGGACCGCAGGGUGCGCCCGGGCACCGCCUCCCCGGGCGGCUCAGCCCUGCGGAGCCCGGGGAAGCAGCGAAGCCCAAAAAACCCAGCAAAGCCCGAAAAACCCCAGCAAAACCCAGCAAAACCCAGCAAAGCCC